CAUUGGCAAAACAAUUGUGCAGAAGAAGCCAUAGUUGAAAUCGUUCUAAAAGCGGAAACAACGCUUGGUUAUAAUCCUGGAUAUAGUAUUUUUAGAUUGCUCCUGAUAUAGUUAAAAAAAUCAGAUUAUUUUUCGGGUACCGGCAAAAACAGAAAUACAACGUAACGAGUUUUUCCACGAUGAAAAGGCGACGUAAUGAGUCCCUGAACGCUAAAUUCGGUACGGCCCACAACAGAAGCAUUAUGACCAAUGCUUGGAUCGAGGAGCCAUCUGACUUAGAGGAAAACAUUUAUUUUGCAAGAAAUUCAACAAUGAGAGGCAACAACGAGUCGUCCAUGUUCAUGUCGAUGUCAUUCGCUUCACUACAGGUCCCGGAAUGUACUCCAGCUGACGGCGAGGAUGAUCUAGAUAGAAGAUCCUUCGAACAGUGGCGCGAUAUCCUCGAGGCAUCCAUGGCAUUCUCGGGAAUCAUAGAUGAAUCCAUACAGAUUACUGUAUUUCGCAUGAAAGCGGGAAGAAAACUGAUGGAAGUUCUGGAAAGUACCGUAUCGAGCAACAACGCACCGGACGAAAAAACGAAUCCGUACUCAAAUGUAAUGUAUAGGCUUGAAGAAUUUUACGGUUCUCGUGAUUACGUGCUAUUACAACGCCAAAAGUUGCGAUCGAUUACUCAAAACCCCGGUGAGGGUGAUGUUAAAUUUGUAAAGCGAGUCGCUUCAAUUGCCAAGCUCUGUGACUAUCCCAAUGAACAGACGAUGGAGGCAGUAGCCGAUGUAGUACAAUUUCAUGCCUCGAACAUCAAGGUGCGAGAAGCCGGUCGUAAAGUAAUGCGUAAAGGCGGUUCAAUAAGUGAAUUAUUAGACAAGGUUAGAUCGGCAGAAAUCGAACGUCAAAGCGAGGAAUUAUAUGCUAAAAAUCAUCAGCACUCUGAUAUAGAGGUUGCAGCCAUUUCAUACGGAACUGCGCAUCAAUUCGAUAGAUUCAGACACAAUUCAAAUAAUCAGAGCAGAGAUAGUUUUCAUCGAUUUCGCGAUGGUAGUGAUGAGUUGCCUGCGAAGGUGCACGACGCGCGACGUAAUGACGAUCAAUUCGAAUCAGUGACCACCGAAGAAAAUAACGCAUCAAUUGGAGGAGAGCCUUCCGACAACCAUAUGUCCGUGCAAGAUACUGUAUCUACAAGGCCCAGAAGACAAAUUCGUAAACCUUCAAAUUUAAGCGAUAGGUAUUUGUAUAACAUUUUUGAAUGAGAGUAGAAAAAGAGAAGGAUGUAGGGAUUGAGGGUAGUUAUAGAAAGAGAUAGAGAGAGAAAAUAAGAAAACGAGAGAGAAAAGGAGAAACUUAUGAGCUAAAUAAAAAUCUGGCAGUCUGGUUAUUGACUUAGAAUAACAA